AUGCCUGGACCUGAGGGACCCCAAGCUGGAUCCUCCCGAACCCCCAGUCUGGCCCUUCUUAGCCUGGCCCCCAGCGACUCAGCAGACAUCGAGUCAGUGGAUGGGGGCCUUGAGCUGGUGGAGCCUGUGAAUGAUAAUGAUAAUGACAGCACAGAUAUGUUAGAGGAGAUGAACAUGGGAGAGAUGGAAGAUGAAUCCAUGGAGAUGGAGCAGCAGCACCACAACAUGCAUAAGUCAUCUGGUCCCCAGAAUCGCCCAGAUAGAACCGAGUUGGCCAUCCCUUCAUCUCAGUCCUCCUCUAUGACCAGCAGCAUGCCCAGUACGAACGUAACGCUGGAGAUCCUCCACAGUAUCCAGGUGGCUGUGGCCCAGUUCUCCCAUAGCCUCCACAGCAGUGGGGCAGGAGGGAAGGCGGCCACAGAGGCCAUCCUAGUGAUCCUGGAGCACCUGUUGGCUCUGCAACAGCAACAGGUCCACCAGUUACAGCUUAUUGAGCAGAUCCGUAGCCAGGUGAUGUUCAUGAACAGACAGCCCACACAAACAGCACUAAACCCAGUCUCCAGGGACUUAUCAAUGGCACCGAACCCUUUCCCCUCCCAAAGUCUCAUCGCCACCCCUGUCCUACCACAGUAUGGGAUGAUACCCUCGGCCGUCAAUGGACAAGUGUCUGUGUCUGUGAUUGAGAGGUCCGACACACUCUCCUCACAAACUUCAUACGGACAGGCCCACACGAGAGAUGUUAGAUGUACCCCAGCUCCCUCUGACAACUCUUUCCCUCCCCCUACUACAUGCAACACUAUUUCCUUCUUACAGCCUCCCUACACAGGUUCACAUACAAGCGGUAGCUGUACUCAGACACUGACCUUGUCCUGCCCACCUUCCAUGCAGGGUCAGAGCAACAGUCUCCUCAGCUCAUCAUCCAGCCUGCCGUUUCAACCUCAGAGCCCCCCCAGUAGUGUCAUCUUCCCCAACCCCCUGGCCAGCAUCGCAGCCACGAUUAAUGCCCUUGACCCCCUUUCUGCCCUGUUGAAGCACCACUGGAAUGGCAAGCUGCCCAACGUGUCCAUGUUCAAUACCAAGCCCAGCCCUGAGGAGCCCUUUUUCAAGCAUAAGUGCAGGUUCUGCGCCAAAGUGUUUUGCAGCGACAGCUCGCUGCAGAUCCACCUGCGCUCUCACACUGGGGAGAGGCCCUUCAAGUGCAACAUCUGCGGCAAUCGCUUCUCCACUAAAGGGAACCUGAAAGUCCACUUCCAGAGACACAAAGAAAAGUAUCCCCAUGUUCAGAUGAACGCUUAUCCAAUUCCGGAUUAUUUAGAAAAUGUGCUAACGACCUCCGGUAUUCCCUAUGGAAUGUCAUUCCUUCCUGAAAAACCAGUAGCCACUUGGCUGGAUCGCAAACCUGUUUUAGCGAUGGUACCCACCUCUAUGGGCCUUCAGCUUCCCUCCACUCUGACUACUAUGGGAAGUUCAAGUGACUCUCUAAGUGUCCCACUAUCCAUCAAAUCUCCUUUUAGGCCCUCCCCAGACUCAGAUGAAUGUGUGUCUUUGUUGCCGAACACUACAGGCAAUGAAACCAGUGUUCCCAGGGCUUUAAAGUCUCCACAGUCUAAUGAGGAGGGACAAGCAGAGGAAAUGCACCUUCCCCAAAACUGCAUGACUAAACCCAGGGUGAGUCCAGUUACUGUGGCAACAAGAACAGCCAUGACUAUGACCACAUCCACACCUGAGCCCAGUGCUCCAACUUCCCCUGUUUCUAACUCCUCACCACUUUCCCUGGCCUCUGACCUGUUCAAAGCCAAGUUUCCAUUCGGUGGCCUCCUGGACUCUAUGCAAACGUCAGAGACCUCAAAGCUCCAGCAGCUGGUGGAGAACAUAGACAAGAAAAUUACAGACCCCAACCAGUGUGUCCUCUGUCACCGCAUGCUCAGCUGCCAGAGCAUGCUGAAGAUGCACUACUGUAUCCACACUGGGGAGAGGCCCUUUAAAUGUAAGGUGUGUGUCAGGGCUUUCACCACCAAAGGAAACCUGAAGACACACAUUGGUGUCCACAGAGCAAACUCUCCUCUCCAGGUUCAACAUUCAUGUCCCAUCUGCCAGAAGAAGUUCAGCAAAGCUGUAGUGCUACAGCAGCACCUUCACAUGCAUAUGGGGGGUCAGAUCUUAAACUCACCCUUAAUGGACGGCCUACAGGACCUGGACACUGAUCUCUCCUUCCAUGAGAAAAACUUUGACAGCCUGAGUAACUAUGACAAUGACCUCAUGGAUGACGACUCCAUGGAGGAAGAAGAAGAAGUGGGUGUAGAUCCCCUCAAACCCCUGAGCUCUGUCUCUAGUUCUCCUCCGAACUCUGAUGCUGUUGUCUCCAGCAUAGCUGCACUGGAGAACCAAAUGAAAAUGAUAGACUCCACCCUAAACCACUCCUUUGGGCUAAAGUCAAUGAUGAAUGGGUUUAUGGACAGUGAACGCCGCGUUGCUAUCCACUCCUCUAUAGUGGGAGAAGGACAGAAUCACAAUACAGCCGGCAACCCAAACGUGUCUGAAUCGUCCACCUCCAUGCAUCUACCAGUGUCACCUGCACAAAACUCUGUGGUCCACCUCUGCAAAUCCCUGUCUGAGAAGCACAGUGGAGAGUCCCAAGAGAUCACAACCUCAGUGAAGAGUGAGCAAUCUGAUUCGCCCACCUUAACUCCGGUACUGGAAAACGGAGUGGCCCUGAAUCUGAGAGGGAUGCAACCUAACAGGCAGUGUGUGAAACAGGAGAGUCCUUACAGUAUGAUGUUCCUGAGUAGAGAAUGUGGUGCCAGCCAAAGCAUUCCUGGCCUGGUUACCAGCAUUGCGCCAAGGAUGAUCAAAUCUGAAAUGAAUGGGUACCAUCGACCGAUGAAUUUCAACAAGGGGGUGCAUCAUCCAUUUGGCCUCCCGGUCCCUGCCAGUCCUCCAUCUCUGCUGAACCCAGGAAUCACUUCUCUGCUUGGGCCACCUCAACCUCGACGGACCCCGAAGCAGCACAACUGCCACACGUGUGGGAAGAACUUCUCCUCAGCCAGCGCUCUACAGAUCCAUGAGCGGACCCACACAGGGGAGAAACCUUUCGGCUGCUCCAUCUGUGGCAGGGCAUUCACAACUAAAGGAAACCUGAAGGUACACAUGGGCACUCACAUGUGGAACAACGCACCAGCCAGAAGAGGCAGGCAUCUGUUGGUGGAGAACCCCAUGGCCUUGCUGGGAGGGGAAGCUGCCAUAAAGUUAGGAGAGAUGUUUCAGAAGGACCUGACGGCACAGGCCAUGCACAUGGACACCGGGUUCUGGAAUCGCUACGCAGCAGCUAUAACCAAUGGCCUGGCCAUGAAGAACAAUGAGAUCUCAGUGAUCCAGAAUGGGUGGAUCCCACAGCUUCAUGCCAUGACGGCAGGAAUGGACAGAGUCAGCACUGGAGGUAGCCCACCAAUGACCAGUCUGGGAAAGACAGCCAUGGACCUUAGAAUUAACCGACACUUUCUAUGUUAA